AUAAAUAAAUGAAAACCAGUGAUUAAACAUAUCAAUCAAAGUUAUCAAUCAAAUUAUUUUCUUUAUUAAUUCUUACUAUGGAUAAUGAAAAUAAAAUCGCAGUUCAAACAAGCAAGGGCUUUCCCCUCAACGUAUUUUUCCACGGCCCCCAAGAAGAUGUCAAGAAACACCCCGUAAUACUCACUGUUCAUGACAUAGGAAGCAAUCAUACCAGUUUCCACCCAUUCAUAUACCACUCGUCAAUGCAGGAGGUCAGGAAAAGGGCAUCCUUCAUCGAAGUCGACAUACUCGGGCAAGGAGAAAAUGAUCCAGCCUUGCCAACUCAAAAUUAUCGAUUUCCUUCUUUACAAGAAUUGGGCGAAUCUCUAGUAUCAGUUUUAGACGCCUUCAAUGUCCAUUACGUCAUAGGACUUGGAGAAGGUGCUGGUGCAAAUAUAUUAGCUCGAUUUGCGAUGGCCUACCCGGUUAGAUGUAUGGGCCUUUGUCUCAUCCAUUGCACGUCUACUACGGCCGGUGUCAUGGAAUACUUCAAAGAUAAAAUAAUAUCAUGGAAACUAGAUAGUGGAAUGAACCCCACCGCAGAGCAAUAUUUGAUAUUCCACAAAUUUGGAUCGGAAAUCGAAGCCCAAGAUAGCAAAGAAGGCAGGGAAGAGCUUAUACAGAGUUAUGCUGAAGCUCUCAAAAAGCGGAUCAAUCCACAAAAUUUGAGAUAUUUUCUGGAAUCAUUUCUAAACCGCACAGAUAUAUCCACGAGGUUGGAAAAGGAUUUGACCGUCGAUUGUUUAUUGGUCACCGCGACGAAGGGCUCUCAUUUACAUACCAUUCAUACAAUGCAUUCAUUUAUGAACAAGCAAAAAUCUUCCUUGCUUCAAAUCAACGAAGUGGGAGACGUUAUUAAUGAAGCGCCUGAAAAAUUAGCCGAAGGAUUCAUAUUCUUUUUGAAAGGAACCGGAUACAUUCCUGCCUUGCCAAUGCCGCACUCUCAACAUGGUAGGGCCUCGCGUAUUUCCAUGGUAGAUGCAGAUAAGCCCGAUAUGCGACGUUAUUCUAGGGACGAACUUAAUUUAUAGAAUAAAAAAAGGAAUAA